AUGGCCGCAAUUCCCGCUCCAUCCAAGACCAUCCUGAUCCUAGGUGGCUCGUAUGCAGGUAUAUCCAGUGCACAUUACAUACUGAAGCACGUCAUUCCAAGUCUUCCAGAUAAAGAAGACUACCAAGUCACCCUGGUCAGCAUAUCGAGCAAACUCCUAUGUCGGUCAGCAUGCCCCCGUGCUCUGAUCUCGGACGACUUGUUACCCCAAGACAAGUUGUUUGUGGAUAUCACGAAACAGUUCAGGCAAUAUUCAACCGAUUCCUUCCAUUUUGCGAAUGGGAAGGUGAUCAGCCUGGAUCACAAUAAUCGAUCGGUCUCCAUCAGACUCCCCGAUGAAACCCAGACAGUGCUUCCCUUCUAUGCUCUCAUCAUUGCCACUGGUGCAUCAACACCAUCGCCACUGCAUGGACUCAGACACAAAGAUGAAACCAGUCUACGCGAAAGCUGGAACUCAUUCCGUGAAGCAUUGCCCGGAGCGAAACAUAUUGUGAUUGCUGGUGGGGGCCCAACCGCCAUUGAGACCGCAGGCGAGCUGGGCGAGUACCUCAACGGUCGAGCUGGUUGGUUCAGCUCGAUGCUAGAGAAGCCCAGAGUCAAUAUCACAGUUGUGACAUCAGGUGCACAGAUCUUGUCCACUCUUCGACAAAGCCUUGCGAUCAAGGCAGAGAAGUUCCUCGCUCAGCUGGGCGUGACGGUCAUCAAGAACAACAGAGUUCAAGCCGUCGAGCCUCCCAACGCUGGAUUGGAAGAAGCCUUGAUCUCCAAGGCAUCAGUGACACUUGCAGAUGGAAAGAUCAUCCAAGCCGAUAUCUUCAUCCCCGCCACUGGCACAAAGCCUAACACCGACUUUGUCAAUGAUGCGUUGUUGAAAGAUGGCCGUGUUGAGACCAACACGUCCACUUUGCGAGUUGACAAAGCCGGACCGCGGGUCUAUGCUAUUGGCGAUGUAAUGUCUUGUGCACGGCCUGGUGUGCAUAAUAUCCUCAGUGCUGUGCCAGUUGUUGCAGCCAAUCUGAAACGGGAUUUGCUUUCAGCCGGAGAGGAUCGGAUCUACAAGGAGGACAUUAGCGAGACACAAGUUGUUCCGAUCGGACAGAGCAAAGGUGUUGGUGCAGCAAUGGGUUAUCAACUACCCAGUUGGCUGGUAUGGUUGAUCAAAGGUCGGGAUUACUGGCUGUGGACAACGGAGAAGUUAUGGAGGGGAGAGCAAUGGUCGAAGGAGUCCUGA